AUGGAUGCCUUAAUAUUUCUUUUUUUUCCUUUCUUAUUUUAUCUCUCACCUAAAAUUUGGUUUUAUAUUUUUACGGAACACGGUGAGGGUCUUCAGGUUCUCCAUUAUGAAGUUGGUCAGAAAUAUGAUCUGCACUAUGAUUAUUUCCAUGAUGAAUUCAAUACCAAGAAUGGGGGUCAACGUAUUGCUACCCUUCUCAUGUAUCUUUCUGAUGUUGACGAAGGUGGUGAAACUGUGUUCCCUUCUGAGAAGGUAAAUAGCAGUUCUUUACCAUGGUAUAAUGAGCUAUCAGACUGUGCAAAGCAGAUUCUUUCUGUUAAACCAAAGAUGGGAGAUGCAUUACUCUUCUGGAGCGUGAGGCCAGAUGCCACUCCAGAUCCAUCUAGUUUGCACGGUGGAUGUCCUGUUAUUAAAGGAAAUAAGUGGUCUUCUACAAAGUGGAUGCGCAUGCAUGAGUACAGGGCUUAGCUACCAAACUAAACAAGGUACUGUGUUCGAUCCUUCCUGUGUCUUGAUACCUACACUAGAAAGAAAGUUGAGCUUUGAUAAUAUAUAUAUAUAUAUAUAUAUAUAUAUAUAUAUAUAUAUAUAUAUAUAUAUAUUACAUGACUUGCAACAUUCCGAUCUUUUGUUGUUGCAACCUAUCAUAAGCCUUCUGUGGAGCUAACUUUGUGGUCCUCAAGUCCUCGUAUCCUGUGACCACCUCGAUGAAUCACAAUGCCACCAAUUACAUAUGAGUAUUUUGAUAGACAAGUUAACACUUUCAACUAAUCAUUGGAUGUACGACUGCCCCGACCCAUCCAUGUGAAAUCUUCAUUUCCUGGGUCUUAUUUAUGUUUGAUUGGUUUAUGGGACGAUGGUAUGUAGAAACCGAGAUGCUAGCAGGCAAGUUGACCUUUCAAGUUAAUGAUUUUUAUUUAUAGCACGUAGAUGUAAAUUUACUCUGUAAUCAUUUCUUCUUUCAUGUAACCAAAGAAAAAAAAAAUCAAGAAGUUGCGUAUUGAAGUACUUAA